AGCAAGACUAGAGAGCCCCCUCCAUUUGUUCUUCACCACCUCCCUAGAUUUUAGCUUCUCACUCAGAUUUCUGUCUCUCUCUCUCUCUGUCUCUCUCUCUGUCUCUCUACAUAUAUGUACAAUGUUUGACAAGUGGUCCAGCUGAAAUGUGGAACAGAAAGGGGAUGAAGAGGAGAAGAAGAAUCUGACUUCUGCAGAAACCCUUUUUCUUUUCUCCUCUCUCUCUCUCGAUUUUGCUAUGGCGGAAUAUAUCUGUUUCGUCAAUAAGGAUACUCUCAUCAUAAAGCCCUCCAAGAAAUCUCCAGUACUGUUAAGGACGGUAGUUUUAAUUUUCGCAAUGGUCUGUGGUUUGUAUAUCUGUUCGAUUUGCAUAAAGCAAUCAAACACCCACACCAAGACUGAAUUUCUAAGCAUUGAAGUCAUUGAGAGGUCUUAUCCUGAUUAUGACAUCGAUAAAUCCCAAAUUCCCUACUUGCAUUACCCGAAGCCUGAAACAUUUAGCAGGGCUGAAUGUGCGUGCAAUCCUGUUCGAUUCUUUGCCAUUGUCUCAAUGCAGAGAUCUGGGAGUGGAUGGUUUGAGACACUGUUAAAUAGUCAUAUGAAUGUGAGUUCCAAUGGGGAGAUAUUCUAUGUUCAAGAGAGGAGGGAUAAUAUUUCUUCAAUUAUGCAGACGUUGGAUAGAGUUUACAACUUGGAUUGGUUAAGUAGUGCUUCAAAGAAUCAUUGCUCGGCUGCAGUUGGCUUCAAAUGGAUGCUUAAUCAGGGAUUGAUGGAGCACCAUAACGAAAUUUUGGAGUACUUCAAUAGUAGAGGUGUUUCUCUGAUAUUUCUCUUUCGAAGAAAUCUGUUGCGUCGGUUGCUUUCAGUGCUUGCAAAUUCCUAUGAUAAACAUGCUAAGCAAUUGAAUGGGACCCACAAAGCUCAUGUCCACUCACCAGAAGAAGCAGAAACAUUGUCAAAAUACAAGCCAACAAUUAAUUCUGCGUCAGUGAUGAAUGAUUUGAAGCAAAUGGAUGUGACGGCGGCCAAGGCAUUGGAAUACUUUCACAGCACUCGGCACAUCAUUUUGUACUAUGAAGACCUUAUCAAGAAUCACACUCAGAAAUUGGUGGACGUUCAAGAGUUUCUAAGGCUCCCAGUGAUGAACUUAACAAGCCGGCAAGUUAAGAUACACAAAGGACCCUUGUCAGAACACAUUAAAAAUUGGGAUGAAAUCAACAAGACACUCCAAGGGACAACUUACGAGAGCUUCCUUUGCACUGACUUUUAACUAUAGCUCAUCACUAACUUGUAAGACGGUGUAAAUAAUUUCUGCAACCAAUUCUUGUCCCAGAAGCUGACAUGUACACCGCUCACUUCAAGUUUUUGGCGAUGGCUUCAGAGCAGCGUGAUGAUUGUAUACUUCAUUUCUGUCUCAGCUAAUAGUUGGUGUAACCGUAUAUUUUUGCUUUUUGUCUUCUUGUUGAGCAUAUAGAAAUCUUGUAUAUUUUUAGUGUCAGCUAAUUCGUUUUGGGCAGGGCUAAAACAUAUGCUCAGUGUAAGUAAUAUGCUUUGUGGUCGGUUUCUCUCUAGUUUUGUGGUGUGCAAUGCGAAAUUUCAGGAACAUUAAGGAUGAAUGGUAGAUCUUGGGUUUGAGGUUUUGGGAUUACAAUGUAAUCUUAUGCAACAAGACAUGAUUGCCAUGUUGAGGAUAAAUGAAAGAAAUAUUAGAUGAGUUGUUUUAUUC